CAGUUGACGCAUGAGCGGGGCAGUUGACUGGGUCAAUGUGUAACACUCAGUGUUAGUGUUUGACGGUGACUCCUCAACAUCGUGUACUUCUCGUACUUCGCCCCACAUGCGUGUUGUUGGUAAAUAGAUACACUCGGAUGUCCGUCCAUCGUCGACGAUGUGAAAAAGAUGCUGCGCCAUGUUGAGGUUGCUGAGCAUGCGCCUGCUGACCCGUGUUUGGUUGUUCGCCGGUGGCUUGAGUCUCGUUUCACUACUGAUCUUCGGACGAUGCGGUAUUCAAGAUACACCUUCCGUUUUAGGAAAAAGCGAGCCACUGUCAAACACAGCAGCGUACAUCUCCUUGUUGGAGCAGCGGGAGGAGGAGAACCGUGUGGAGGUGGCGCGACUCACGGAGGAGAUCCGCGGCUUGAAACUGCAGCUGCUGCACUACCAGGCUCAGGACUUGGGUUUCUCUUAUCACAUGGAUUCGCCACUGAAUGGGAGCGACUGCUCCUCGCACAUGAGGCAUCAAGUGGAGGCUGCAGAAGUAUCUCAAGGCGUGUCCCUCAACAACGAGUACGAGCUGGUGGCCUUCACACACUUCACCUUGAACAGAGUCUACCCGACAGAUCUCGGACUGGGCAAGAGAGUCGUAGAAAAGCCUAUCGGGUUCAAGAGGAAAGACCUUCUUGAAGCCGUCAACUCUGCGUUAGAGUUGUUAAACAGAAAUACCACCUUGUAUGGUAAACCGAAGUACACGACUGAAGACUUUUUAGAAGGAGUAUACAGGACAGUUCCAACGACGGGCACUGAAUAUGAAAUGUACUUCAGGACGAGACAAAACAAAGGACAGAUUUACACCAAAGUAUCUGUUAUGAAGCCCUUCGCCCCGCUGUUGACAUUAAAUAGUAAUACCCUGCCACAAACCAGAGAAAAAGAACUUAUCCAUGUCAUUUUACCUUUGUCCGGUAGAAUACCUACAUUUCAAGGCUUCAUGGAUAAAUUCGUCAAAAUAGCCUUAAAGAACGACCGUCACGUGUUACUAACGGUCGUUUAUUUCGGAGAGGAUGGAUUGUCGGAAGCGAGGAUGAUAAUGUCUAAAGUCGCUGGUAAAAACGGACACGCUAACAGUUUAAGAUUGUUGGCUUUGAACGAGACAUUUUCAAGAGCUAAGGGCCUCAGAGUCGGUGCGGAACGUGCCUGGGACCAGCCAGGAGUCCUGAAGGACCAGCAAGACGUGCUGCUGUUCCUGUGUGAUGUGGACAUUGUGUUCAGUGCGCGGUUCCUAGAUAGGUGUCGCUGGAACAGUCGACCAGGAGUGAGGGUGUACUACCCUGUAGUGUUCAGCCUCUACAACCCUCAUGUCGUCUACACGCUUCAAGGCAAGAAAGUGCCUUCUGAGACUGACCAACUGGUCAUCUCGAGGGACACCGGCUUCUGGAGGGACUUUGGAUAUGGAAUGACCUGUCAGUACAAGUCAGACUUCCUCCGUGUCAGAGGGUUCGACGAGGAGCCAGUAGGCUGGGGACUGGAGGACGUGCUGUUGUACCGCAAGUAUAUCCGCAGUCGUAUAAAGGUCGUGAGGGCGACGGAUCCCGGGAUAUUCCACAUCUGGCAUGCAAAGAAAUGUACCGGAGAGCAACAGUCGUCGGACCAAUAUAGAGCUUGUAUUCGGUCACGAGCCCUGAACGAAGCCUCUCACGCCCAGCUGGGCUUCCUCGCCUUCCGUGAGGACAAGACCACCAAAGUGACGGGACAAAGUAAAAUAAACAAGAAGAAACGCCCCUCGACCUCAACGUUGGAUAAGACCAUGGACGUCAAAACACCGACCAAUAUGCGGAAAGACGCUGAGAAAUCAACGAAGAAAAGUAAAACCAACGAAUCUAAUGACGGUUCGAGACAAAAUAAAGAUAGUAGGACUAAAAAACAAAAAGACGAGAAAGUAAAGAACAGAAAACCAGCUGAGAGCAGUAAACUUGUUCAGACGCCUUUGAAAGAGGAGACAUGAUUUGACCUCCGUGGACAAACAGAUGUGAUAAACCGUGACUAGUCAAAAUGUGAUCUAUAAUAAAUAAUGUGCUAUACAAAAUGUGCAAAGUGAUAGGAAAGAUGAUUCAUAGUUUUAAGGUAUCCUUAUCGACUGUUCCUUUAGUUAGAUAGACCCAUAUACUAUGUAUGAACUUUAUAAAACAAUAAUGUCGUUUACAAAACGUCAUAUAAUGUUAGUUAACAGAAAAUAUUGAAGUGAUGUUAUAAGCAAAAGGAUUUUCAAUUGAGUUUCAAUUAGUAAAAAAUAUGUUUUAAAUAGAUGUGACAAACUAAGGGUGUAAUAAUACGCUAAACUAAUGUAUACGAAUAAUAAUUGAAACGUUAAGUCAAUAGUAAUUGAGCGGAGCGAGCGAAGCUCUUAUACGUCGACUCUUGUGCAUUUCGUAAUACGCAAACUCCUCCUAGACGGCUGAAUCAAUCGUUUUCAAAUUUUGCAUGGUGAUAAAGACCAUAUCGGCGAGUGCCAACAUCUAUAUGGCGUUACAAAAGUCUCUCAGGAAUCCGCCCCACUGGGUCUCAAAGUUUCAAUGUAAUCCUUAUGGAAGCAGUAUUUGACACAUAAACAAAGACAUAUGAUCAGCUGUUGACUAGUAUGACAACAAAACUAAGACAAAGUUCUUGAAUCUCACAAGGCAUCCUUGGAUUAUGGAUAGGUGAAUUUAAUUACAAAUGGUAGAGAGCAGACUCAGCCAAAAUGUUGAACACAAGCACAUAAAUUAUAGCAUUAUAAAGAGUAGGCCUACUCUUUACUGUGUAGCAAAAGUUUAAAAUUGAUUAAUAGGUACAGAUACAAAUAGUUGUACCUACCUUGACAGUUGUUAUUAAAUAUAUCGUACAGUUGAACUAAACAAAUUCUCGUAUUAAAAUUAGUAAAAUACUUUGCUCCAACCUCGUUAAAAACAGUCAAAAAAUUCAUUUUUCAUAAACUAUUCUCAUUGCUGUCUAAAUAUAAAUUAAGUGAGUUGCAGUCAUUGUUUUUUAUGGUUAAGUAAAAAAAUUGAAUAGUUUAAGUUUGGAUUAUCAGAUGUAGAAACUUAUUAAGAGUUUAUGAAUAAAAAAUACUCAAUGUUGAUUAUGGCAUUGUUGCUAACACAAAACAUGAAACUGAAUAAACGAGUUAUGAUAAUGCCACUAACUAAAAUAAAAAAAAUUAUUGCAAAUAGUGUUUAAUAAAAUAUGUUUAUUGUUUUUAGAAGCU